UCAAUGUUUGUACCUGAAAGUCAAUGUUAAAAUGGCGGCUACUGACUGGCAAUCCUCGUUUUUCGCAUGCCUGUUGUAAUUUCAUCCCGUUCAUUACAAUCUCGGCAUCCUCCUCGCCCUUCAAUUCGAUUCCAUUUUCCCCUACAAAUUACAAAUUACAAAUUACAGUUCAAAGAGAAAACCCUAGCCUCCGAAUGCUGCUGCAGAGCUAAAACCCCUCUUUCUUUCCCUUCCCAUGGCCUGCGUUCGUAGGCUGCUUCCUCUCUGCUCUUCCAUCAACGUAUAUAUAUGUAGGAUGAGCUUCCCAUCUUCUGGUUCUGGAGCUCUGCAAGGUUUUCGAAGCUAUGGAGCAAUUGCUUCCGAGCAAACUCUUCCGAGCAAUUUACCCGAAGCUGAUACUUCAGUUCUUAAUGAUGAGAUAGCACAGAUUCGACGUGAAUUUGAUGCUGCAAAGCAGAGUUUCCUCAAGAUUCCAGCCGCACUUAAAGCAAUGCCUAAAAUGAAUCCGAAAGGGAUAUAUGUAAAUAAAAACCUGAGAAUGGACAAUAUUCAAGUUUAUGGAUUCGACUAUGAUUACACGCUGGCACAUUAUUCUGACAAUUUACAGAGCUUGAUAUAUGAUAUGGCAAAGGAGCAUAUGGUAAAUGAGUUUCGGUACCCUGAGGUUUGCAUGGAAUUUAAGUAUGAUUCGACUUUUCCCAUUAGAGGAUUGUAUUAUGAUAAGCUAAAAGGGUGCCUAUUGAAGCUGGAUUUUUUUGGGUCAAUUGAACCAGAUGGAUGCUACUAUGGUCGUCGUAAGCUUAGCAGGAAGGAAAUUGAAGAAAUAUAUGGCACACGACAUAUUGGUCGUGAUCAGGCCCAGGGACUUGUUGGGUUGAUGGAUUUCUUUUGCUUUAGCGAGGCAUGCCUCAUUUCAGAUAUCGUGCAAUAUUUUGUUGAUGCUAAGCUGGAAUUUGAUGCUUGCUACAUCUAUCAAGAUGUAAAUCGUGCAAUUCAGCAUGUUCAUCGCAGUGGCUUGGUUCAUCGAGGAAUUCUUUCUGACCCCCAUAGAUAUCUAGUAAAAAAUGGACAACUGUUACACUUUCUCAAGAUGCUCAGGGAGAAGGGAAAGAAACUAUUCUUGCUGACUAACUCACCAUAUUACUUUGUGGACGGAGGAAUGACCUUUAUGUUGGAGGAUUCUAAGGAAUACAGAGACUCCUGGAGGGAACUUUUUGAUGUUGUGAUUGCUAAAGCCAAUAAGCCUGAUUUCUACACAUCUGAGCAUCCAUUCCGUUUCUAUGACACGGAGAAGGAUAAUUUAGCUUUCAAGAAGGUGAACGAAUUUCUUCCUAAUAAAAUAUAUUACCAUGGAUGCCUUAAAUCCUUCCUUCAUAUUACCAAGUGGAAGGGACCAGAGGUGAUGUACUUUGGAGACCACCUAUUUAGCGACCUUAGGGGGCCUGCAAAAGCUGGCUGGCGCACUGCUGCUAUAAUUCAUGAGCUAGAAGAUGAAAUACUUAUUCAAAACAGGGAUACUUACCGCUUGGAACAGGCGAAAUUUCAUAUAGUACAAGAAUUGCUUGGUAGAUUGCACGCUACUGUUGCUUUUACUCAGAAGAGGGAAGCUUACAUAUCACUGUUGGAGGAGUUAAAUGAAUGGAGGCAGGAGGCAAGUCACAAGAUGAAAAGAAUGUUUAAUAGGUCCUUUGGAGCCACAUUUCUUACGGAUAAAGGUCAGGAAUCUGCUUUUGCCUAUAACAUUCAUCAGUAUGCAGAUGUCUAUACCAGUAAGCCAGAGAAUUUUUUGCUCUAUCCACCUGAAGCAUGGCUCCAUGUGCCCUUCGAUAUUAAGAUUAUGCCACAUCAUGUGAAGGUUCCAUCAAGCUUGUUCAAAAAUGAAUGAAUAUGAUCCCUUGGCAGCAUCAAGGUUGGUUUAUCAUGCAGAUUCGUGUUCUUUGUAAGCGUAUCAAGCUGCAGGUUCUUUCAUUCUUUGAAUUGCAUACUGAACCCACAAAAUUAGUCACUGGAAGACGGGAAAAAAAAGCAAAAACCACAGAAAUUUUAACUGAAUGGAAACUAUAGCCUGAUUUAACUUGAAGGGCAAAUGUUCUCAUCAGAGAAAUUCUUCAUUGGUGAAUAACAUUAACUGAAGAAAUUUGUUUUAACUUUAGAUACAAGAUUUAUAGACCAUGUAUAGUGAUUAUUAUACACGAUGAAGAUGAUUCCUUUCUAACAACAAUUUAGGAGGCAUUAUAAUUUGCAGUGUUGUAUUUUCUUUCAUCAAUCGCAUUUGAAGCCUGGUAA